GAAGUCGGAUCUCUGAAUUUCUGUUCCAUUCUGUAGCAGCCUCCUAGGCGGGGCCAGGAAAAAAAUCCGGGUCUCCCGGCCUCGCCCCGCCUUCCAAUAGUCUGCGCUGACUGGGCGACGAGGGACCGGGGGAAACCAAUCAGAAGUCAGGACUCGCGGGGCUUGGAGGAGGGGCGCGGGGGCUGCGGCCUCUGCGGACCGUGCUCUACCUCCUGGCUACAGUGCGGGGCCGAGGCCGCAGUACCCGGCUGCUGGAGAGCGAGAUCCACCCCAGGACGUCGGGUCGCUGCGGACAUAAUGUCAAGUGGAAAUGAUCAGCAGUCAGAGGCUCUUAGCAAACCCACUUUCAGUGAGGAACAGGCCUCUGCAUUAGCGGAGUCAGUGUUUGGGUUGAAAGUUGCCAAGGUCCAGCCACUUCCUAGCUAUGAUGACCAAAACUUUCAUGUCUACGCUUCAAAAACCAAAGAUGGCCCAACUGAAUAUGUCCUCAAAAUAAGCAACACCAAGGCUAGCAAAAAUCCAGACCGGAUUGAAGUGCAGAAUGACAUCAUCAUGUUUUUGAAAGCAGCUGGAUUUCCAACAUCCUCUGUGUGUCGCGCUAAAGGAGACAACACAGCUUCUCUCGUGUCUGUAGAUAGUGGCUCUGAAAUCAGAAGCUACUUGGUGAGGCUGCUGACUUAUCUCCCAGGAAGACCCAUAGCUGAGAUUCCCAUCAGCCCCCAGCUGUUGUAUGAAAUCGGAAAGCUAGCUGCCAAAUUGGAUAAGACACUGCAGAAAUUCCAUCACCCAAAGUUAAGUAGUCUUCAUCGGAAGAACUUCAUCUGGAAUCUGAAAAAUGUUCCUCUUCUGGAGAAAUACCUGUAUGUCCUGGGCCAGAAUCGAAACCGAGAGAUUGUCGAGCAUGUCAUUCAUCUGUUCAAGGAGGAAGUAAUGACCAAAUUAAGUCAUUUUCGAGAAUGUAUCAAUCAUGGAGAUCUUAAUGACCAUAAUAUUUUAAUAGAGUCUAGCAAGUCAGCCUCUGGAAAUGCUGAAUAUCAAGUGUCUGGGAUUUUAGACUUUGAUGACAUGAGCUAUGGCUACUAUGUGUUUGAACUGGCAAUUACCAUCAUGUACAUGAUGAUUGAAAGCAAGAAUCCUAUACAAGUAGGAGGCCAUGUCCUUGCAGGGUUUGAAAGCAUCACCCCACUGACAGCUGUAGAGAAGGGUGCUUUGUUUUUACUUGUAUGCAGUCGUUUUUGCCAGUCACUUGUCAUGGCUGCAUACUCUUGCCAGCUAUACCCAGAGAACAAAGACUAUUUCAUGGUUACUGCAAAAACCGGGUGGAAACACUUACAGCAAAUGUUUGACAUGGGUCAGAAAGCUGUAGAAGAAAUCUGGUUUGAAACUGCCAAAUCCUAUGAAUCUGGGAUCUCCAUGUGACUGAGAUCUCCAUGUGACUAAAAGUUCACUUUAAUGUGGAUAAUUAAAAUAGGGUCCAAUCAAAUUUUAGGAAGGAUUUUCCUGUAUAGUUAAAAAUCAAUUGAUGGAAUGGAUCAAUUCUGAAUAUGACAGAGCACAUGAAAUCCCUAGGUCUUCAAGCAAUCUCAUGACAAUUUUUUAAAAUUCACAAAAGUACCACGAGCAAGCAUAUUUUUCUGUGAGUCUCACUUGCCAUGUCUAUAAACACAUAUGAUACCAUUUUGAAUCAGAUAAUCUCACAAGAUCUAUUCCAGCCCUGAGAUUAAUGACUGUUUUCAAUUUUUAAAAUAAUAUAUACAUACAGAUAUAUUGACAUAUUUUAAAUAUCUGGACAUAACAUACUGACCUAGAUAACAUACUAGCAGUUCUAUGAAACCUCCUCUGAUCUGUCCUUUCUUUCAAAUCCCAGUGCACUGUGUCUUUUUCAUGGCCCAUCACUUUGCAUAAUGGAUUAUGGUUGUACAGUCAUCUUGCCUGAGAGCUAUUGAGGGCAGAGACCAUGUAGAACUUAUUUUUGUCUCCUCGUCCCUUCUUAUCACACCUAUUAUAGUGCCUUUCCUACAAAGAGGUCUUUAAAAAUAUUUGAAAAUAAAUGUGUGCCAGAAGAAAGGAUGGAGAAGGCACACACUAAGAUGCUUUAGGAGAAAGCACAGACAGCAUUCUUUUUUUUU